AUGCGCGAGUACAAGCUCGUGGUCCUUGGUUCAGGAGGUGUUGGAAAAUCUGCCUUGGUAAAUUAAAAAACAAAAACAAAAAAACAGCCAAUCUACUGUCACAAAAUGCUUUUCUAUUUCCUUUAGUUAUAGUUCCAAAACAGAGGCACAGCUAAUCACCACUCACAGCCACAAACGCAUGCAUACCUUACUAGCCGAACAGUGUUUGGCCUAAAUGUUGCUGUUCAGGUUUUCAGUUCAGUACAUUUCAGAAUUCAAUGAAUAAACCCAGUUUGUGUAAUUCAAAAUCCAUUUUUGUGGUUGUGUAACACGCUAUACUUGCCAUAUCUGCCAUCCAAGGCUGACUCAGUGAUUCUGAGCAAGAAAGGCUUUAAGGGGUUCCAAACUUUUCUGAAUAAUGAUAUUGCGCUACAGAGCAAAGACAUGUUUAUAGCAAAUAAAACAGCUCACCUUUUGCAUAGUGACAUUAGCAUUCAACAGGUGUGAAAAUCUUCUUAUCGACCCUCUCCACCCCCACCUUUUUUACUUCACAACAAAUUAGGUAGCCUGGUGAUAAGCUGCUGCUGCAACAGCAGCACACAAUAUUGACCUUGUCAGCAGGAGUCACUUAGGAAAAAAAUUUUCCCUUUGCUAUGGAGAAGGGUCAACAAAUGAGCUCAUUGCCGCGCCUUAUCACCUAGCUUUUGUUUGGACAAACAUUUUGCAAAGUGAAGCACACCAAAUGUUUGCCAGCAGCAUGCAAAUGACCUCUGAACUCUCGAGUCAUUGUGCAGUAUAUACUGAUGGAGUAACUGUCUGAGUAGCAGUCAGGUGUUUACAAAAUAAGACUGGUUUUGGUUUUGUGUGUGCUCUCCAACUCUCUCUCUCAAACCAAUCAAGGAAUAGUUUUUCCUAUUAUCUCCUGAACUAAACAUGGCAUAUAAUUUAUAAAGGAGAGUUAAGCCAUGAUGCGGGUAUGGCGUAUAUCUUCUAAACGUUGAGUAGACAGCGGCUGUUCCUGGUCAUUAGACUAGCAUCUAGGCAGCUGUUGCUACCCAGUUACUUAUGCUAUAAAGAAAAGGGAGCCUGCAUGCUGUGCAGAGCGUUGCCAUGUGACUCUCGAGAUUUAGACAGGGGAGCUGAAGGGAGCUGCUGCAAGCCCUCCAUGACAAGCCCGGCGGUCCUGGUAUGUAUUAUCGGCAAUAUCGGUAUCUCUAUAGGCCGAUACCGAUAUUGCCAAUAAUACAUAUUAGGACCGUUGGGCCCAUGACAAGCCCUGCGGUCCUGGGGGGCCCAGCAAGCGCUUGUUUACUUUCCCAGCAGCUCCCCAGUGUAAAUCUUGCGAGUCCCGCGGCUGUCAGAGCGUUGCCACGAGUUACCAUGGCAAAGUACUGCGCGGCACACAGGACGCAAUAUGUACACAGGGGAGCUGCUGGGAAGUUAAGUAAGCGCUUGCUGUGGGCCCCCACCGGACCACCAGGGAACGCUAUAUCCCCCCUCCCUGGCCAGGUAACAAGCAGGGAGAGGGGAUGGAAAAAAAAAAUUAAUAUUAAAAAGAAAAAAAAAUUUUAAUCAAAAAGGCGUUCUCUCCCCCAUUUUACACAAAUUACCUACAGAACACACACUGCAUUCAUUAUAUACACACACACUGCAUUCAUUAUAGAUACGCACACACUACACAAACACGCACUCUGCAUUCAUUAUAUACAUAUUAUAUAUUAUAUAUACACACACACAGCUCCCCUGUCUAAAAACACUGCAUUCACUAAAUGUGGCAUGUAUAUUUUGUGCAUUUGCCUUUAGAAAUAGUUUAUUUUAAAAAAAAAAAAUGGUAAAUGUACAGAAUAUCAGUAAGUUAUUGGCCAGAAAGUUAAGAGUAUCGGUAUCUGCUCUCAAAAAAUCUAUAUCGGUCAAUCCCUACUUUAUUGGUCCUUUAUGUAAUUAAAAUAGAUCUUGCUGCACAUCAUUGUUAUUGAAUCAUACAUAAUUUAAGUGAAUUGAUACUUUGAUUACGUUCUUUCUGCAUGCAAGAGCCGCUGGUACAGUGCUUCAAAUGACACUUUAGGUACCAUAACAGCUUCAUCUAAUUAAAUUAGCGGUGCUUGGUGUCACUUGACAUUGUCCCACAGUUUUGAUGAAUUGAUUUUUGAUUGGUUUGACUCUAAAUGAGGGACUGUGUGUAUUUGUGGCUGUGCCCUCUUUGACAGAGGUAUGGCAAAGAAAUAGGGUAACCCUUUAUUUGCCAUACACCAAUAGUACAUUCCAUUUUAACAGAUUACAGCUAUCCUUUUUUUUUUCACCUGGUUUAAGACUUUAAAAAAAAUAAAUAAAUAGUAAUGUGGAUAGAAUUUGCAGCAGAUACAGUUAAAACUUUUAUUUUUGUAAGACUUGUUCAUGUAUAUGUGAUCACCUUUCACACUGCACUAUUUAGUAAAUCUAGACUCUGUUCUACAGUAAAUAUAGCGGUUUCUUAAGUAUUGUUUUCCUUUCCCCUCCAGACAGUACAGUUUGUGCAGGGAAUAUUUGUGGAAAAAUAUGAUCCUACAAUAGAAGACUCUUACAGAAAGGUAAGUCUGGACUGACACCUACAUGCGUUUCAGUUUGAGUUUUACUAGAUCAUUGGAUGUCUUGUGUUUCAUUUGAAAUGUAUUAAUGCAUUCAUCAAGGCAACUUUGUUACAGAUGCUUUGUCAAAAUCUAAUUUAGAGCUUCAGAGAACAGUAUUAAUGACAUGUACUUAAUUCCCAUAAAAUGACCAUUCCUUUUCAUUACAGCAAGUGGAAGUAGAAGGGCAGCAAUGUAUGCUUGAAAUUCUCGACACAGCCGGAACAGUAAGUCAAAUAACGAUUUCUCAGUCAUUAAUAAUUGUUAUAUGAAGAAAACCGUUUUAUUGUUGGCAUGACUUCACAGGUAAUAAUCUGUUAAAGGACCACUCUAGGCACCCAGACCACUUCAGCUUAAUGAAGUGGUCUGGGUGCCAGGUCCAGCUAGGGUUAACCCAUUUUUUCAUAAACAUAGCAGUUUCAGAGAAACUGCUAUGUUUAUGAAUGGGUUAAGCCUUCCCCUAUUUCCUCUAGUGGCUGUCUCAUUGACAGCCACUAGAGGCGCUUGCGUGCUUCUCAAUGUGAUUUUCACAGUGAGAGCACGCCAGCGUCCAUAGGAAAGCAUUAUGAAUGCUUUCCUAUGUGACCGGCUGAAUGCGCGCGCAGCUCUUGCCGCGCAUGCGCAUUCAGCCGCAUGGGAGGAGAAGAGGAGGAUCGGAGGAGGAGAGCUCCCCGCCCAGCGCUGGAAAAAGGUAAGUUUUAACCCCUUUCCCCCUUCCAGAGCCGGGCGGGAGGGGGACCCUGAGGGUGGGGGCACCCUCAGGGCACUAUAGUGCCAGGAAAACAAGUGUUUUCCUGGCACUAUAGUGAUCCUUUAAACAAUCCAUGGAGACAAGUCAUUUUCUGUGCAGCUAGUUGUAAACUUAGAUAUCAGUGAGCAUCUUGCCACAGAAUUGCUUAUUCUGCUUGUUCUCUGAUUAACUUGUGUAAAAAUAUAUAUAUCUAUAGUAAUGGUAAAUGGAUGAGACGGCGCUGGUCAACUUAUAGGCAGCAACCUUUAAAGGGGAAUCCCUCAAAAACCCUUUAAAACAAGAUAAAAGUAACAAGAAAGGCUGCGCCACAUAAAAUAUUAAAAGAAGACAAAGUCCAAGUAGUAAAAAGUCCAAUUUGUAUAUCCUUAUGAAUAGUCUUUUUAGGAGGCUGGUACUGUGGUAGGGUCUUCAGAUAUAGUGGUUCCACUUUAUAUAGAAGAUAAAAGAGGGGGACACACAAUAGUGCAAUAUGUAUAGCUCAAAUAUGGACGUAAUAAAAAAACAAUGGUAGAGGACUCACAUUUACAAGAGCUUAUAUCCAGCUCUAGGGUAAAGCGCGUACAGCAGUGUGAUCCCCGCUGAUAGGAUAUAUGAUGGGUACCUCUCUGUCAGUGGUGUCCGGUUCUCAGGAAAGAAGAAACAGCCAACAGUGCUCACUGUAUAGUAAUGUUGGUAUAAAUUAAAUAAAAACAUACUUACAAGUAAAGAGCAGGCGGGCUGCUCUGUGGUAUCAGCAUAAGUGGAUUAAUCCCCACCUAGGAUUUCUUGGGAUGCAGGAAGCUUCCAAAUAUUUUAAAACCAGAAUGGAUAAAAAAAUAAGAUAACGAAAACGCGUUAUGGAAAUUUUAUAUUGUGUAUUUUUGUAUUAAAAGUAUAUUUGGUCAUCUGGCUGUGCCAAUUAUCUUUUUUACACAUACCUUUUUUUAUUUAUUUUUACCCUGGCUUUUUAUUAUCUUAUUUUUUAUCCAUUCUGGUUUUAAAAUAUUUGGAAGCUUCCUGCAUCCCAAGAAAUCCUAGGUGGGGAUUAAUCCACUUAUGCUGAUACCACAGAGCAAGUCCGCCUGCUCUUUACUUGUAAGUACGUUUUUAUUUAAUUUAUACCAACAUUACUAUACAGUGAGCACUAUUGGCUGUUUCUUCUUUCCUGAGAACCGGACACCACUGACGGAGAGGUACCCACCAUAUAUCCUAUAAGCGGGGAUUAUACCGCUGUACGCGCUUUACCCUAGAGCUGGAUAUAAGCUCUUGUAAAUGUGAUUCCUCUACCAUUGUUUUUUUUUUUUUUUUUAUUACGUCCAUAUUUGAGCGAUACAUAUUGCACUAUUGGUUGUCCCUCUCUUUUAUCUUCUAUAUAAGUGGAACCACUAUAUCUGAAGACCCUACCACAGUACCAUCCUCCUAAAAAGACUAUUCGUAAGGAUAUUGGACUUUUUACUACUUGGACUUUGUCUUCUUUUAAUAUUUUAUGUGGCGCAGCCUUUCUUAUUUGUUACUUUUAUAUAUAUAUAUAUAUAUCAGGGAAUUUAAGCAAAGCGAAAAUUUGUUCUCUAAGUCUUCCAUCUUUUUUCAACUGGUUCUCUAACGCUUUAGUGUCGCUCUGUACUAUUCUUGGUUGAAGAAAGGGAUCUAUCAUUGAACUGUGCUCUAUCUUUGGCCAUCUCUUAGUACAGCUAAUGCUACAUCUCCUGCUGCUCUGUGAUUAGAUAAUGAGCUGCAUUCUUAACAGGAAUCUUCUGCUGCUCUAAAAUACUUUUGUGAAACCAAGAUCUGUUGUGCUUCUCCUUUCUAUAGGAACAGUUCACGGCGAUGAGAGAUUUAUACAUGAAGAAUGGUCAGGGAUUUGCACUCGUAUAUUCUAUAACUGCACAGUCCACGUUUAAUGACUUACAGGACUUGAGGGAACAGAUUUUACGAGUCAAGGACACCGAAGAUGUAAGUAGACUCCUUGCUUGUAGCUGCAAAAAAAUAAAAUUAAUUUGUAUUGCAAGGUUUGCAUGACAGCAGUGGAAAAUUUUAUCUUACAGAUAAAGUGUGUAGGUGGUGUGUGUAAAAUUGUCUCUUAUAAUUCCUCGCUUGUUUGUUUUUGUUAUUCCUGGUUGUUACGAGUAGAUGCCUCUUUCAACAGUUACACUUGAGUUUAAUUCAGUGACCUAGUUUUAUUUGACAUAAUAUUUUGUCUUUGGGACACAUCCUAGGGUGGAUUUGACCACACAUUUAUAACAUCUAUUCAUGUCUUAAUUAAAAAGAACUUUGUAGAUAUCUAUUCAUAUUUGUAAUACUUGAUCAUUAUAGUUAAGAAGGAUCCUACUCAUAUUGUAAUGUAGCUUGAACAAAAACUGACACUUUUUUUCCAAACCGGAUGCCCCAGUGUAGGGUCAAUAUGCAGCUUAAUGCCAGCAAAAGGUUGUUUGAAACUAAAUGUGAGAGAGCUAUGGGAAGGGUAGAGGUAGCAAAUUUAAAUAAUUGAAUGGUUUGUCAGGACUGUAUGACAUUUUAGUUUAAAUGCUUGUGAAAAACAAAUGUUUGCAAUGUCUCUUUUAAGGAUUUAAUAUGGUAAAAAGGCUGCUUGCAAUCUAAAUCCAAGGCUCACGCUACUUUUGACGUUUUAUUUUAAUGCUUCACCUCUACAUUUGUGGAAUAUCUCCAUCUAGUGGUGGUAGCUGUCUUCUUAAGUAUAAAAUUGUGAUAAUAUGGUAAAAGGGCUGCUUGCAAUCUGAAUCCAAGGCUCACGCUACUUUUGACAUUUUAUUUUUAUGCUUCACCUCUAAAUUUGUGGAAUAUCUCCAUCUAGUGGUGGUAGCGGUCUUCUUAAGUAUAAAAUGGUGAUAAUGUACACGUUUUCAUUUGUGAAAUUUAUGAACACUGUAUAUUAAAGGGACACUAUAAGUCACCAGAAAAACUACAGCUUAUUGAAUUUGUUCUGGUGAGUAGAAUCAUUACCUUCAGGUUUUUUGCUGUAAACACGGUCUUUUCAGAGAAAAUGCAGUGUUUACAUUACACCCUUGUGAUAACUUCACUGGCCACUCCUCAGAUAGCUAUUAGAGAUCCUUCCUGGGUCAUGGCUGCCUACAAUGCAUCCAAACAUUCAGUAUCUCCUCCCUCUGCAUGCAGACACUGAACUUUCCUCAUAGAGAUUCAUUGAUUCAAUUCAUCUCUAUGAGGAGAUGCUAAUUGGCCAGGGCUGUGUUUGAAUCAUGCUGACUCUGCCCCUGAUCUGCCUCUUUGUCAGUCAAUCCUAUGGGGAAGCAUUGUGAUUGGAUCAGGCUACCACUUCUGCUGAUGUCAGCAGGCAGUGGGCAGGUCUAAAGGAAACAGUGACAAACUAAGCAGCUCCAGACUUAAAUACAAGUAAGAUUUCUAUAUUUAGGGGGGCAUGAGGGACUCAGGGUGGCUAGAUGGUGGUUUUAACCCUAUAUGGUCAGGAAUACAUGUUUGUGUUCCUGACCCUAUAGUGCCCCUUUAAAUUUUCAUUAAAUUUGAUUCUAUGUCUCCAGUCUAAUUCCAGUUUAGCUGAAAAACUUGUAUAACCCAUAAAAGUAAUGGUGCGCAAUAUUAAAAACCACCUUCUGUGGAUAUAUCUUAUAAUAAACUUAGAGAUUAGGGAAACAAAAAUGCAUAAAUUUAAGAGGGAGAAAGAUUAUGAAGGAGGGAGAGUGAGGAGGUACAGGAGAGAACAGCCAACUAGAAGGGGAGGGUUCAAAGUAAGAGACAAAUAGGAAUUUUGAAACUAAUAAAUUCCGUAAUAGACUGCCCCAGCGAAGACCUGAGACCCAACCUAAAAAGGAAAAUAAGUUAAGUGGAACAACAAAUAAAAGAAGAGUUGGUACAGAUAAAAUCUAGGGAUGAGAUCUCCCCAGAAACAAAAGGAGAAACGAAAGCCUCUACAGAAAUACAUCCAAUAACUGGUUUGAAAUCUUAAGGAAUGAGAAUAUAGAACAUGCUUUUUUUUUUUUUUUUAGACAUGGAACUGAGAAGGAACGAUUUUCCACUAAAAAGAACAAGGAGAAUAAGUUUUGGGGAUGUAGAGGAGGAAAGCAAAAGAAAAGAAAAAAGGCACAAUUGGUGAUUCCCAUUGGUAUCAACAAUAUCUCCUCACACUCCCUCACAGAGAGUGAAAUUAAAGUUCUAAACAAGGGCUUAAGAUUUGCAACAAUGAGGCACUUUAAUACUUUCUUGGCAUAUAUUGAUUUGAUGAAAGAUGGGAGGAGAUUGUCCAUUAAAAAGUUUUUUUGUUUUUUUAAAAUGCGAAUAACAACGUGACACAGAAAGUAGAGGAUAAUAAUGAUUUUAAACAUCCAUCUUUUCAGAAUAGAUCCAAUUUUUACCCAAGUUAUCUUAAACAUGAUAGUAUAGAGGCAUUUGAAAAGGUAGUUUUUAAUGAUUUUAAGAAGAUUGGUAGAAACAAUAAGGGUUAAAACUGAAAGAAUGAGUUUUUAAACAUAAAAUCUCCUAGGACCCCAGUUUUUUUUUUUAUUUCCUUCCAAAAGUCCAUAUGGAGCUAGAUAACCCACCCGGGAAUUGAUCUAUAUCUAAUAAUCUGUAGAAAAUACAUUUUUCCUUCAACCAGUGGUCUUUAACCCCUUAAGGACACAUGACAUGUGACAUGUCAUGAUUCCCUUUUAUUCCAGAAGUUUGGUCCUUAAGGGGUUAAGACAAAAUCCGUUCUGAAAGACACAACAGAUGUUCUGAGAAUGUUAAAGGAUUUUGUAUGGAAAGAUGGGUAUUAUUUUGUUAACUGUGAUUUUACCUCCUUAUAUACUUGUAUACCACAUGACAAAGGAUGUGCAGCAGUCAGAUACUUUUUAGAGCAAGAUUAAACAUUACCAUCUACACAAAUUGAUUUUUUAAUAGAAUGCAUUAUAUGAACCCUUAAUAUAAUAAUUUGCGAUAUUUAUAGCGCUUUUCUCCCUGUGAGACUCAGCACUUUACAAAUAUGCAAACAUAAAGACAUAAAAGUUAGGAGUUUCUGAAGGUCAGAUGAGCGGACUGAAUGCCUGAUGGAAGAGGUGGGUCUUUAGCUUUUUUUUUUUUUUUUUUUUUUAAAGGAUGGUGCCUCUCUGUGCACGGUAAUUAUUUUUUGUUUGACUCUUCACUCUUCCUUUUUCCCUCAGAAAAGAGGAACGGCGAUUGGCAGUACUUAUGCACCCAGUUAUGCAAAUCUCUUUGACCCAUUGGGAAAAUACAUUAAUCUAUGGGCAACAUAACUGGAGUGCACAGGUACUUGCUUACCGUUGUUACAUAGAUUAUAUGACUUUUAUCUGGGAACAGUAUUUCUGAACUCCCCAGCCUAUGCUCCUCAGGCAGCUUGAGAUGUAGGGGGAUCGGCUAUCACUCAGCGCCUUCCUUUUUUAUAAUCUGUAUUGCGGGAGGUUUACACACCAGCCUCUCUCACUCACUCCUGGUCAGCACAGUGAGCAGGAAGAGGUGAGGCUCUGGUUCUGUUUGCAGCAACUCCCUGCUUUUCCUUCAGCGCGGCACUCUCUGUCUGAGAGUAACUAACAGUAGAUCACUUCCCCCCCAGAAUCCAAUAUUUAUUGCAGGGGCCUGGUCACACUCUUAAACCGUGGUGGCGCCAGACUGUGACCUUGUUCAGCAAUGCCAAUCAGGUGGAAAAUUGCAACAGAACCCCGGUUUUGUUUUUGCAGAACACCAAUUGGGAAACACUGAACUAUACUAACUACAUUGUUUGUUUUUGUUAUGUGAAAAUAAUUGCUCAAAACAGUGUGUAUAAAAUGCAUUCUUAUAUUGUCCUUCAAGCUACUUUUCAUAUUUGUAUUAAGUUUUGUUUGCUUUUUCUAUGGCUUGAGAUUAGAUUUACGUUAAUAGUUGUGUGCUAUUUUGUUUUAAAGUCUUUAUCUUUUCUUUUGAAAAUUGUAGCUUAACCUUAAUUAAGAUCUUAUUUUUGGCUUUGGAAGUGAAAUUAUUUUAAAUACCUUCAUACAUUUUGUCAAAUUAUAUGCUUUGUUGACAAAGGGUUAGCUUCAUGAGUUGUAACUUUUAAUUUACAUGCCAAAUUGUACAUUUAGCAAUGUAAUGUUCAUAUUAAAGUUUUUGGUUUGCAUUCUUCUUUACCUUGCAGGUUCCCAUGAUUCUGGUGGGCAAUAAAUGUGAUUUGGAGGAUGAGCGGGUAGUUGGCAAGGAGCAGGGACAAAAUUUAGCCAGACAGUGGAAUAACUGUGCCUUUUUAGAAUCUUCUGCAAAGUCGAAGAUCAAUGUAAAUGAGGUGAGCAUUUGUGGCUGUUCUAUUGAUAUAGAUUAGUAUCCCUCUGGGGAAGAGGUGUUAAUAAAAUAAAUUCUGGUUCUUUUUGGGGGUGGCAGGGGGUUGUAAACUACAUACAUAUAGUUAGUCUGCAUAAAUACACCCGGUAAUUCGUAUGAAGCUGAUUUUGUACAUUCUAUAAUUGUCUUCAGUUGCCUAAUGUAAACUUCAGAAUAAACUUGUUUGAUGUCUUAAAACAAAGUUUAAGAAAUAUUUCACUCACAUUGUUAAUGUAGCAUGUACAUAUGAUUAAAUUGCCCACAAAACACAAUUACCACCCAUGCGCAUAAUGAAUUAAUUGAUUGCACUCUCACAUGUCAACACAUACUUGAACUUGAUUCUAUUCUGCCUUUGCUGUUAAUCACUGUAAACAGUGAGAAGGGGUAGUAGAUGUUAAAUUUGAACAAUACUGUUCCUGUUGUGUUUUGGAUAGCAGACACAGCUUGUGGGCCCCUUUGCUCUCCUGCCUCGUUGGUCAGUCGCUAUAAUGCAAGUGACAGUUCCACAUUUUUCCUGUGCUCAGAGAUUGGAUGUCACCCAAGAGAGAAAGGUUUAUCCCAGAAACUGUCUCAAUCGCAGCAGGCAGGGUAGCUGCUGACAAAAGUGUAUUCUGAGUAAAUGAUGUCUAGUGUUUUGUUUAUUUGGUGUGUCCUCCCUGUGUAAUAUAAGUGUUUUUGUUUAUCAUUGUUGGAUAUGUUUGUGAUUUCUAACAUUUUUCAAUAAAAAUGACUUUUUCAGUAGAAUUGUAACAUUUUGUUGUGUAUGACAUGAAAAGCUUUUCUGUUUUCUGAAAAUCUUUGCUUCCCAAUCAAGGGUGUGUAGAAGAAGAAGGUUUUACAGCAAGUGUAAUACUCACUGAAAAGAUGGACAUUCUCCACAGAGUACAGGGGUUAAGGAAGAAAAUUAAACUAAUAUCUUUUUUUUUCAAUACAAAAGUGAAAAACCUUAGUAUUGUAUAGGGAGGGCUAAGGUAGAUGGUGAAAUAACUACAAACACAUUACUGUAAUGAUAUGUUCUCCUUAGCGUCUCCGAAAGCAAUUCAAUAUAUCCAUAUAAUUUAUCACUAUGAUUAGGCAUGGAGAGGUUAUCGCAUAAAGGGAACCUGUAAUAGGUUCACGUUAAAAAUAAUCAACCUAGCUUAAAAGUACCAUUUAAUGGGCUACUAAAGAUUUCUAUCUAAUAAAUGUUUUCAGAUCCUUUAUCUUACGUUCAAGCAACAUUUUCAAAGUCCAUUAUGGGUGUAUGUAUUUAUUUUUUAUUUUUGUGGAAUAAGAGAUAUGUAGAAGUUCACAGUAAUUGGAGUCAUCUAUUGAAGGGAAAAUGUUUGUUUGCACAACUUAAGUGUGGAAUAAAAUAACACAUUCUAGCAGGCUUGUUUUGUCAGAAAUAUUUUAGCUUUAAAGGGGCACUAUAAGAACCCAGACCACUUCAGCUCAUUGAAGUGGUCUGGGUGCACUGUCCUAAUUGCACUUAGUGCUGCAUUGUAAAACAUAGCAAUUCCAGAAAAACUGCAGUGUUUACUUUGCAGCACCCAAACAGGCGAUGGGUGCGCUUUCUGCGAGGACAUCCAGAGUCAGAUUUUUCCCUCUUAGGAAAGCAUUGAUUCAGUUUCUAAUGCGCAUGCAGCACUUGGGGAAAAGAUAUAUUUUAAAAAUAACUGUCUAGAGUUGUUCAAAUUGUAUACUAUAUAAUAUAUUCAUUGUUUGACUAGUUUCUAAGUACAUUAUAUUGUACUUAGAGUUCCAUAAAAAGUUUAAGAAGAGUGCACACCUGAAAAAAAUACAUCUGCGUUUACUGAACAAAAGUAAUGCCUAUCUUCCAUAGUCAGUUUACCGCCCAUUUGUAACAUAUAGAUAAAUCGUGAAAUGUUUCUUGAUUGAUGAAAAACCAUGACUCAUUCUCAGGGAUUUUGAUCCAUUUCCUCUGCAGUUCAUGUAAAACCAGGAAUGGCUGAAAUAUAUCCUCAAACUCAUGAUCUCCAUUAGUGUUUUUGUGAUUUAUCAGAUCAGAAAGCAGUUUUAAGAUUGUACCAUCAUAGUUUGGGAAAUGUUCUUUUAUUCAGAUGUUGCAAAAAGUAAUAUUUCAUUUGGCAUUUAGUCUAAUUUCAAGUCCCUGAUGUACAUUCUGAUUUGCAUUUUAGAUCUUUUAUGACUUGGUCAGACAGAUAAAUAGGAAAACACCAGAGGAAAAGAAGAAAUCUAAAAAGAAAUCACCAUGUCUGCUGCUUUAG